UUCAUCAAGCAAAAAUACUGCAGAGCACGGAAAUAUUGAGCGAGUAACAGGAUGAGUAGUUUGACAGAGACCGGGACAACAACUGGAGCGCAGAGUUUAGCAGAUAGUAAGGACCUAGAACAGGAGGAGAAGCAGUCACAUCACCAAGAGCAGGAACAGAACAACCUCCUGCAGGCCGAGCUGGCCAGGUUCUUCCAGAAGAAGUUCUUUAUUGCUGCUCCGCAAGAUGAAGCGGUGAUGAAGUGGAAGUACGAGAAGAAUCUGAACCUGCUCAGGGAGCUGAGGCAGCAGCAGACAGAGGAGAUCCAGAGGAUCAAUCAGCUGACUGUGGAGAAUGAGCUGAAGCUGCAAAAGCAGCUAGAUGAGGUGGAACGUGAGUGGCGGUCCUUCAUGAAACAAAAGCAGAGAGUGGCUGUCCAAGUUCUCAGCAGGCGGAUGGGAAAAGAUGCCGCCCAAGCUAGAGUGACCUUGGCCCUGAAAGCGGAGGAGGAGUUUGAGGAGCGGCUGAACACACAGUGUCGCAAGAACAUCAGGUUGCAACUGGGCACAGAGAAUUUGGAAGAGAAGCUCCACAAUGAGGAGAAGCUCUACGGGCACCUCAUCAAGAAUCAGAAGGAAAAGAUGCGGGGCGACAGACUGCAGCAGAAGAAGCUGGAUGAGCAGAGGAAGGAAAAGUCCUCCAAGUUGCAGAAACAAAUCACCAGGAGUAUAGAUAUUCUGUCAAACAUGAAGGAGAAGCUCAAGUGGACUCACGAGGAGGUCCAGCUGAAACAGAGCCACCUGACUCAGCUGGAGUUGGUGAUGGCCAAGAAGAAGCACCUCCUGACAGAGACCAAGCAGGCCUGUUUCCGCCUGAACGAGGACAACAUCACGUUGAAGGAGCGGCGGCGGCGGCAGGGGAACAUGCUCCUGCAGGACUACCAGAACAUCGUGGAUGACUGCAAGAGGAUGGAGGAGAAACUGGAGAACCUGAAGCGCCAGUGGGCAGAGUUGAAUGUGGACGGUGUGGGAGACAAUCAACAUCCCUGACCAUAAAACUAAAUAUGUCCUGCCACUAAAAAGUGGGUGUUUCUGGAUCCCAGAAAAGUGCUUUUUUAUCUACGUUAUGUAUGGAUUUAUUACAUAGAAGAGAGCUGAUUUUGAUAAAUGGUCAUAUUUCCUCCAACCCAUGCUAAUCUUUCUUUUUAAAUGUAGUGCACAAGUGAACCCAAUCACUUUUCUCAUUUGAGUUUCAUUGACUGCUAAUCUGCAAUAUUUUCACAUCUUCCUGAGAACAGUAUC